CCCGCUGAGCGGGCUGCGAGCUGCCAUGGAGCACUCCCCCCUGUAGCCUACCUUGCCAGCCACCGAGAGCGCGCAGGAAGGAGCCGCCGCCGACAGCCCUGGCUGGGAACCUGUUGUGUAACCUCGGGGCGGCACAAAUGGCUGGGGAGAUGAAGAUCUGAUCCUAAAAUAUUUGAAACGUGACAAUGUGGAUAAAACAGCUUUUAGCAAUCAGUUCGAUGUCUGUCCGCAGGUCAGGUUGCCCGGUAGGAAGCCAUGCUUGGAUAUUAAUAGCCAUGUUUCAACUAGCCAUGGAUUUCACCAUCUGUGAAUCUGUAGCCCAAGGCCAAGGGUUUAGGCUCCUGCAAAGGCCUUCCCACUGGCAUAGAUUGUCCCAUAGUCCUUUGUGGAGUUUUAAAAAUGGACAGCAACUGAGGAUUCCUGGCCCUUUUUGGAACCAUGUUUCUUCUCAUCCGGAACGAUCUCAUGGGCAAAUACAAACAUACCAUUCAAAAAGGCCACACAAAGCCACAGACCAGUUAGCAGGCCUUCUUUAUAAAAGUGUGCAAUCCAAGCAAUCCGCUACUGCAAAAUCAGACCCUUUGGUUGUAGAUGGGAGCAGCAGGAGUACAGACCAGCAGACUCAUUUGAAAAGGGGGAAAAGGCACCUCCGAGGAAGCAGUUUUGAUCACAGAGACAGCAGGCCCACCAUGGUGCCUGAAGUAAUUGUAUGGGGCCCAACAGGGGAAGAGGACUCCAUAGAAACCAGUACGUUCCCUGGGAAUUAUGGCACCACCACAACUUCUGCUUUACAAACCAGAACGACUACUGUGGCAACCACCACCACCACCACCACCACUUCCACCACUGUACAGUCUAAGGGGUUCACAACAUCACCUGUGCCAGGGCUUAACACACACAAGAACAACCCUGGCAGGAUUAGCACAACGGAACCCUACACCAGCCACAAGAGCAAUGGAAAAGAAGCCCGUCCACCUAAGAUAAUGGGAGACACUACAGGUCUGGCAGUCCAUCAGAUCAUCACAAUCACAGUGUCCCUCAUCAUGGUCAUAGCUGCUCUGAUAACAACUCUUGUCUUAAAAAAUUGUUGUGUGCAAAGUGGAAACACACGGCGGAACAGCCACCAACGCAAAAUCAAUCAGCAGGAAGAGAGUUGCCAGAACUUGACGGACUUCACCCCAGCCCGUGUGCCCAGUAACCUGGACAUAUUCACAGCCUACAAUGAAACACUGCAGUGCUCCCAUGAGUGCAUCAGGACACCAAUGCCAGUAUAUACAGAAGAGAUGUUACACUCGCCCAGUGAUUAUAAAACAACGUUCAAUGGAAAUAGACCCUCUUCUUCUGAUCGGCAUCUAAUUCCUGUGGCCUUUGUGUCUGAGAAAUGGUUUGAAAUCUCCUGCUGACUGGCCGAAGUCUGUUUUACUUCCUGGGGGCAGGGCAGACGCCAUGUGUCUAUUUCCUGGAUUCCAUUGGUGAACCUGUAAAAAAAAAAAAAAUGGGUUACCUAUACCUACUAUUUCUGUUUACCAGUAGGAGACUCAAACAGCAGCACUCUAUGUGCCAAAUAUAUUUUUAUAAAAAUGAACACACCUGUAGGAAACUGCAUUUUCAAAGCGUGCAUUUAUGGGAGAAGAGAAAAAAAUGUGCAAGCAAAGAAGCCUAUGAAGAAAGAGGAAGUUAAGAUGAAAUAAAGGAAAAGGACUGAACAUCUGGAGUUUGGGAUAUGGACUCUGAUUCUGAACCUGUGCCAACAAUACCAUUAUGUGCCAUGUACUGAUCUGAAAGACUUCACAAGAAGCUGGAGCUACGUGAAUUACACAUAGAAAUAUUAGAGAAAACUGGGGUGGGGACUUCUGAUAGAGUCAGUAUUUCUGGUUAAUAUACAUAUAUACAUAUAGAUAUAAAUAUAGAUAUAUAUACAAAUACACACACACACAAACACAAACACUUUUUGUACUGUAGCAAUUUUUGAAAAUCUUAAAUAUUCAUUUUUAAAAAAUUGUGUCAUGGGUUACAAAUCUGAUUUCUUUAACAUUCUUAGUGUGAACUAAAUAAACUGAUGUUUUCUACUUUGGCAGCUUGCCUUUAAACACACACACACACAUUAUAUAUAUAUAUAUAUUUGAAAUAAAUUUCCAGUAGGGAACAAAUUAUUUGCCUGGCCCAAUAAACCAUUGAUUAUAGAGGAUUCCCUGAGAAGGUACUGAAACUCUGUUAAAGUGACAGUUCUCUUAUCCAUUGUACAGUUGCCAGAGUGCUAGCAAGACCCAUAAGGGAUUUUGUUAGACCUAAAGAAGAAACAUAUGGCAAUAUUCAUUUAUAUAAUCAGUUGGUUCUGACAAUUCUCAAAAGAAAGAGAAUAGUUAAUAGUAUUUGGGGCUGUUUUGAAACAAAAGCAGAAUUCAGAUGUGUUUUGAAUACAGUUAAAGUAUAGAUGCUGCUGGGCCAAAUUCACAAAGUACAUUCUAGUUAUUGUGAAAUUUAAAAAAAAUCCCCCAUGCAGGCAAGUAAUCAGUAGAAGAGCCCAUGAGCAUGGCCCUUCAGAUACUUUCAGCUCUUAGCCCAGAAUUCAAGUAACAGCACUGCUAUGAAUAGCAAGGAGCUACAAGAGCAUUCUGUGUUUGGAGGGUAAAUUUAAAAUCAGACUUCAUUUCAAAUGGCCCCGGGCUGAUACUAUUUAAGUGGCAUGGCUUCUGCUCCAUGUAAACCAUUGUGCCCUGGCCAAGACUGUCAAAAAUUACCUCAUACUAUUUUCUUUGUGGUAAAAUCAACAGAGACAAAUUCCCCACUUCCAUUCCUCAAACCCAGUCACUAGACAUUGCAGCUGUAAAGACACCAAAGUGAUCAGCUCUCCAUAGUACUUUCUAAUUUAUGGUAAGACAUAUGAGGCUGAGAAGAUGCACUGGACUGGACUGCUGAAAAUCUGAAAGCAGAGUCUGAAUGCAGCAUCAGCACUUGUAUCCAUACAUUAAACAGUAAAUACUGAAGAAGCUUCACAGCAAUGAACAGUUGAAACCAGCAGCAAGGGUUACUCUCACUUUAAACCAGGUCUAGAUGUUAUAGUGGUUGCCCAGGGAAAUUGAGCGAAGAACUUUUUUUACCUUUUGGAUUAAUGUAUCAAGAAGGAGCAUAGAAGGAAACCCUGAAAACACCUCUAAGUUUCCUCCAUUUUAUAGUGCCCUGUAUAUUUACAGUAUUAUAUCUAGGGGCUGGCCAGGGACAAGUUUUAAACAUUACUCAGUUUGUGGCGAAAUGUUGGAGAAGCUUCCACUGUUGACAGUGUUGUAUUUCGCUCAUAUCAGUCUCAUCAUGGCAAAUUAUGAAUCACCAUAUUCCACAAAGCCACUGCAUUGAUGAUGGGUGAGGUAGCGUUUUACAGUCCUUGUUCCCUGGUGGAGCUAUGGAGUGCUUCCCAAAACGGGUGUACAAAUAUUCAGUCUGAUUUUUAAAUGCCUUCAUGGUGGCUGUGGCUCUGGGUAUGCCUCUUCGGUGUUUGCUUCCUGUGAACUUGCGACUGUUGGUGUUUUCUUGCCAUAAAGUGAAUUUCUAAGUCAGACGUGAGUGCUCUUGGAGACUGAAUUUCAGGUUUCUGUGUGUGAUUAUUGAUGCCAGAAAAGCCUCCACUCUCAUCUUAUCAGAGAAGAAAAACUAUUCUGUGUGACUCCUUUGGUCAGUAACAGCUAACCCAAAUUGGACCUGAUCCAAAGCCCACUGAAGUCAGUGGUGUCCUUCUAUUGACUUCCUUGGUCUUAGAUUACGUUUGUAGCAAAUGCUGAUAAAGAACUACACAGCCAGUAAAAAAGACCUCAAAUUAUUUUAUAUAAUGAAUAAAACUGAAUGAAUGUAUCAGUCUGCUCACAGGGAUUCCACCAGCAGAAAAAGUGAAGGCAAAUUUCUUGCGAUAAAUUAUGCUUUUGUUUAAUCAGCUCCAAUCUCUUACUAAUAACAUAUCACAUGAUCCUUUUAAUGUCCAUUCUCGGGAUAUUCUUUUUUGCUAAGGGUAAUAAACUAUUUGGAACAUGUUGACCUAUGCACUAACAUUUGCUGUUUGCAGUAGGAUUGGGGUUCUGAUAAUUGGCAGUAGUGUAGCAGGCGGGGACAUGCUGGAUAGCUAGAUCAAACCCAAAGUUAAGUUUGGCUGUCAUCUUUAAAUGCAAGAUGUAGGAACAGCUCCACCCCACUUACAACCGCUGAUAUCUAUCCAGGGAUUGCUUCUACAGAUUGGCAGGUGUCCCAUUGUGUGCACACCUUGACAAAUAACUUGUGACUCUUCAAGAUAGAAUUUAGAAAACAGUUUUCAGAGGCUCCUCCAAUCUUUAAAAUCUGCCCCUCUCCCAUGCCUGAAAGAGGGCAUCCCCCAUUUCACAAAUGACUUAUCAAACUCCCAGGGCUUGUAGCUAAAUUUUUUAGAUAGUGGCAUAUGAAUCAUUUUAGCUGAAGCAUCCACCACAAAUAGUUAAUAUGUCCUGACAUGUCUAAAAUACCAAACUCUACUCUAGUGAUUCUGAUGUAAACCUGGAGUAACCAAUGAAAUAAAUGUCAGUGGAGUUACUGUACAUCAAGGUAACUGAGAGCAGCUUUUUUAACCCAAAGCCCCUAAGUCCCCUUUCUAAAUUGCUCUCUCAACGUUGGGAUUAUCCAGAGCUACGUCUAUAUUUAGAUGUUAGGUACUAGACUCAAUUUCUGUAUUACAUUCAACAUUUAAUUAUUUUAGAAGAGAGUGAAAACACUCCUCAUAUCUAGGCAAAGUUGCACAUUGCACCCGUGAAACAUUGUAACUCAUGCAAUCACUUGUCUUUCUAUUUUACUUUCUCUCCAUUUUUACUGCACUUGUGUUUUUCUAAUCUGCUGCUGAGCUCUGGGAGGAAAUCUUCCUUGCCCUGCUCCACCAGAACAUUUAUGGACAUGACUCAAAGCCCUUAGAAGACAGUGGAAAGACUUCCAGUGACUCUGAUGGACUUUGAUUCUUGCCCUAAAUUCUUUUUCACAGAAGACUCAGCCACUCUGGAGCCACUCUGGUAACAUAUAGGAGAAGUAUAAUAGAAUUUUGUCAAUAUGCAUGAUGUUAUAUUUUAUCUGCCAUUGUGCUGCUCAACAUUUAAUUGUCUACAUCCAGCUUAAGUUUCUCACUGUCCUUCACAGGUUUUAUAAAACAAUUAAUCAGCAAACUUCAUCAACUCAGCAUCCAUUUUCCCUAUGAAUAUUAACCCCCAAAGUAACCUAUUUACUAACCUCUCUCUACUGUGUGCUCCAGCUGUACACUAGCAUCAUGUUUCACAGAGCACCUAAUCAGUUUUUGUUCCAUGAUAAACCUUUUCUCCUGAUACUAUGGUCAUUUAUUGCCCGAAGGCCAGAUUCUGAUCCUCUUAAGUUGAGUAAACACCACUUGACUUCAAUAAGACUACUCACAGUCAGGCACUGUUCAGUAUGAGUUAGGGGAUCAGACGUUUUCCCCUUAAUAAUAUUUUAUGGGUGACUUCAGCAAAAUCCUUCAGAAAAUACAAGUAAAUUGUGCUCCUGUGUGACAUUAUCUGCUAACUAUUUCAAACAACUCCAAGGCUAGACAGACAUGUUAGAUUACAUAUACUUCCCCAAGUACUCCCUCUUUUGUGAUUAGUUAGACUCUUCUACUGUAGCAGGGAGAAGUUUGCUGAUCUGUAAUUCCAGGAUCUCCCAGAGCUACUUUAUAAAGAAUUUCAUCACUCCUGAGCACCACUGAAGUCCCAUGUAUAGCCUAUUAAGCAGGAUUUAAGUGGUACAUAGUCCUUGUUUCCUGUUCUCUAUACAGGGGAGAAUUUCACAUCAAAGGACUGAAGCACCUUCAACAAACUUCCCUUGGAAAUAUAACGUGAGUGCUUUGCUUCCACCUCUCCAAAACAUUACUGCCAUUGGGGCAGAUACUGUCAGGCCUUUCUCCAGUCACCAGUGGAGUGUUAACCUAUGGCCAAGUAACAGCGUGACUUCUACCUCGUACAUCAAAUUCACUGAGGUGCUAUGCUCCUCCAGUGUGACAUCCCAGACAUAAUGAUGCAAGCACUACAUUCACGGAGGAGAGGCUGCAAACAUACACUAGAUUGCUUUAGUAGUGCAGAGAGCUUAAUUAAUAAGCAUAACUGACUACCCUGUUUUUGAUUAAUAAUUCUACUAAUCAGCAUUAUUAUUUCUAUAUAUAUACGGGCCUCAUUCUCCUCUAGCUCACACCGGUGUAGAUCAGGAGUGACUCCAUUGGUGUCAGUGGAGUUACACCAGUAAAGCACCUUUAAAUGAGAUGAGACUGAGACCCCCCAGCAUGCACACCGCAGAGUCCUACCCCAGUCUGUCAGCGUAUCACAACUUCCAUACAAUGAGGGUUAAGCAGUCCUUAGCACCACCUAGUGCACUCAACAGACUGUAGAGGCACUGAUCACAAUUAGCGAUAUACCUAAUAAGCAACACUUUUUUUAAGCAAGCAGUUAAACCAAAACUUGCACGAUUAAUGUGAUUUUGGGGUGAUUACUUUGGUGCAGUCUGUUGAUUCAGUAUAUGGAGGCUUUUGUAUUUUACCAGUGUAAACAGUGCAGCCCUCAAAAAUGAUCAAAACUCGCCAGCACAGAGUAUAUGAAUUUUCCUUUGUUUUGCUUACGUAGCGUUGACCCUCUUCCAACUAUGAAGACUGUGUUUUGUACCUUUACCCAUUGAUCUUCUAUUUAUUUGUAUAUGUGGCUGCACUGAGUAGUACUUGUGGGUAUUCCAAUGUAAUCCUAAUGGCAGUUUGACAUCAUAAAAUAUAUUUCAAAGCCCUUAUUCCAAAAUGUUUGGAGCAUUGUUAUGUAUUUUUGCAUCUAUGACGUUAGUCUGAACUAGAGUGCAGGAAUAUACUAUAGUAGGGAACGGAGUGAACUUUGUUUCCCAUGUGAGGUAAGCAGAAGGGGCCCAAACUCCCAUGGGAUAAGCAUCUAGCUAAGCAUCCACAAGAGAGAAUACCUUGGACCUCAGGAGACUCAAGUAUGAUUUCAGAAGCCUUCCAUACAGUCUGCAAAGGAACAGAUUUGGUCACUGUGAGACCAGACAGUGGCAAAACAGAAAACAAAACGACAUGCACAAACUUCCCUUAUUUGUAAGGACCAACAGCACUUGCACUUUAUCAAAAGAAUAUUCACAUCCCUAUGCAUGCUAAACAAACCAAUAAAGGGACCAGCCAGCAGACCCACUGGCAGGAGACAUAGAAUUCAAAACUGCAAAUACGAUGGUUCACCUGCAGAAUUCUAAUGUCCUGGCCUGUUAUACGUUCAACUGAAAAACAACAACUUAGGUUGAAUUCAUUCCUUGUAUCUAAUGGAAGCCAAAAAAAAAAAAAAAAAAGUAGAAUUAUGUGGUUGUGUGGAAUAGAUGCUUAACAAUUCUUUUUCCGUUAGAGACAACAGGUUCCCCCACACUCUGUAUCUGAUGAUAGAAGUCAGUGGGUACAUUCUUCUGUUUAGAUUUAAGUUAUGCCUUCAGCCAGAUUUCUCCAUGGGAAUCCUACAACAGCAGCAUGUCAUCGUCUUUCAAUGCAUCCCCUUUCUGGUGAACACAUAGGCCACAUCCGGGGCUGGUGGUAAAUGGCAUAGUUCCAUCGACUUCAGCUGUCGCCAGCAGAACAUCUGGCCCCAAAUCCUUUAGCAAUGAAGAGCCAAAUGCUUAUGCUUUAGAAUUACUUCCCUCAUGCAUGUAGUUCCACUGAGUUUAAUGGGACUUACUCCUGUGAGAAAAUUUACUCAGGUGGCUGUUUGUAGGAUCAGGCCUAAGUAAGUAUUUUGUAUUGCAAUCAGAACCAAAUCCCUUAUCCUGUACAUCAAAAGAGAGCACGAAGAUCCUGGACAUUUUAGUUUUAUUUACAUUUACUUGGGGCAAUAGCUUUUUCCACUCACAGGCAAUCAAUGUCAGAGCAAGUCUCCUGUAAAUAUGCCUUAUAUUUCAAGGGAGAUAACGCUUUGCAACAAUGUCAUGCUAUGGAAUAUGGGAUAUAUAUUUAUUGUGAAUAGACUAAUAGACACUAAAUAUCAAUAAGCAACCACGUAUAAUACUAAGACUAGCAUUCCAUCAAAGGAUUCUGCAGACAUUCAAAACACAAAGGAUGGGCUGCUUUUCAGCAGAACUCCAUGACAGAGUUCUGUUGCUGUAUACGUGGGAUAUAUAAUAUAAUAUGCAAACCUUAGAAUGUUUCUUUCUGGAAUUGUUUUCAGUUUACGUUCCAUGGGCCUGAUUCUGCUAGGUUCUAGGCACUUACUGGACCCAGUGAAUAGGGCUGAUUUCAGUGGGAUUAGAGAGAGCUCAGCACCUGGCGGGAGCAGGGCCCAUGUUCCCAGAAAGUCAUAACAAAGUACUACCAAUGUGAUGUCACAACAGAAUUUAUAGAUGGGCAAGAGGUUUAGAGAGGCAGCCCUGCCUAGCUGAAUGAGCACAGGGUUGGGAGUCGAAAACUCCUGUCCUAGUCUCAGCUCUGCCAGAGACUUACUGAGUGAUUUGGGACAAUUCACUUAAACCCUCUGUCUGCCUCUUUUCCUUCACCUGUAAUAUGGGGGAUAACAACGCUUCCCAAAUCUACCUGGCAGGGGUGUUGUGAGCAUUAAUUAUCUGCUGUCUGUAUUCUGUUUUGAACAUGUUUAGCACAAUGUAAGUGCUAAGUAUUAUUAUGUCCAAUCAGUAGCACUGCACUAGGGAAUGCCAUGUUGUCUGCUGGUCUGCAGGAAUUCUCAGAGACUGUGGCAACAUUACAGAUAAGACACCCAUGGGUUGCAGUGGUAUCCAGAUAUGUACACAACACAAGAUACAGGUUGUAAGCCAGAAGUAUGUGUAUUUCAUUACAUCAUAUACCCUGAGUGUGUCAUAUCCCUAAAAUUAUACAUUUGAUUUUUCAUCUCAGUGCAUUGCAGAUAAUGCAGUUCAAACAAAGAACUGUGGUGUUUGUCAUGCCAGACAAUUUCAGUUCACCUCUUUCAGUUUCCAUUCAGUUCAUUUUAUUUGACAAAGAAUAAACAAAUACACUACAACAAUUAAGUUGCUAUAGGAUUAUAAAAUGUGCAGCAAUCUACUUUCUCCCUAGUGCAUGUGACGCUCUCUCAGUAAAGGUAAGAGGUCGGAGUCAGAGGGUUACAUACACCAGGAAGCCACCAGUCCUUUUGCCCUGAAGCUAAACUAGCAACAUGAACUUACUCUAAGGUUCAGAACAGUUUGGUUCACUUUUUGUACCAAAUCCAUAUCCAGGCCUUUUCCUGCCAAUUGUAAUAGAUAUGAGCUGGGACUGGUUGCAUCAGGCAACAUUUGAAGGACCAGAGCCCUCCUUUUUACUUGCUCAGAAAAAGCUCCCAUGGACUUCAGUGAGGAUUUUCUCCCAGUAAGGACUGAACAAAAAUUUAGGAAGAACUUCAGGACUUGGGGCCUGUUCCAAAGUUCUCUGAAG